CAGAUCUCGCGGCUGUUGACGUUCGACAAGUCCGGCGACUUUUUGCCGCCGGUCCACGUCGACGAGUUCUGGCUGUUGCACAAGUCGCUCGUGCCCGUCAACGACACGCUCGACCGCGUCACGUUGACGGCGUCGCUGGACGUCGAGGGGCUCAUGAAGUGGCAGAUCAAAAAGUCCAUGGAGCAGCAGUGGGCGAGCCAGCGGGCGAUGGGUUUGCAGUCCGACGGCGAGAGCGACGUGAUCCGCGAGAUGCUGAGCGACACGGAGCCCUGGCUGCUGGCGCUGACGUGCCUCGUGUCCAUGCUCCACAUGGUCUUCGAGGGGCUCGCCUUCAAGAACAACGUCAAGUUCUGGCGGAACAAGAAGACGCUCGAAGGGCUGUCCGCGCGGACGAUUGCGCUCAACUGCGUCUUCCAAUUGGUCAUCCUGCUCUACCUCCUGGACAACGACACGUCCUGGAUGAUCCUGAUCUCGUCGUCCAUGGGUCUCUUUACGGAGGUCUGGAAAUUGUCCAAGGCCGUGAAGGUCCGGAGGGACCCGGACACGGGCCACUGGGGCGUGCACUGCGAGGAGUCGUACGCCGUGUCGGAGACGAAGGAGUACGACGACAUCGCGACGCGCCACCUGCUGCGCGUCGUGGCGCCGCUGCUGCUGGGCUACAGCGCCUACAGCCUCGUGACGGGCCGCCACAAGGGCUGGUACUCGUGGCUCGUGGGCUCGUGCGUCGGCUUCAUCUACGCCUUCGGCUUCGUCAUGAUGACGCCCCAGCUCUACAUCAACUACCGCCUCAAGUCCGUGGAGCACCUGCCCUGGCGCGCCAUGGUCUACAAGUCGCUGAACACGUUCAUCGACGACCUCUUCGCGUUCAUCAUCAAGAUGCCGACGAUGCACCGGCUCUCGUGCCUCCGCGACGACGUCAUCUUCGUCGCGACGCUCUACCAGCGCUACAUCUACCGCGUCGACUACACGCGCAUCAACGAGUUCGGCCAGGGCGGCGUGGACCCGGACGCGGACAAGGUCGAGGCGGAGAAGGCGGUCGACCGCGUGUCCGCGUACGCGUCCGUGGUCGACCAGCCCGACGACGUCGCGCCCGAGCCCGUCGCCGACGACGCCGCCGCCGCGGGUCUCGACUAG